AAAAAAAAAACACAUCAGAGCCAUACUGGAGAUUCCACCAGCUGCGACAAACAGUCAGUCAACUAUCUCAGUUGUUUACUCCGUUUUUUCUUUUUAAGCAAGUCAUUUUAAACACCUUGUAGAGUUAUUUUUCCCUAGCAAAAGUUUACAACUUUAAAAUAAAAAAAGAAGAAGAAGAAAAGAGUUUAGAGAUAUAAAUGGUUGCCAAUUGGAUAGUUUAGCUGUGUGGCUGGGUUAAAUAAGUGGUAUGGUUUACAUUUAGAAGGCGAUAUUUACACGGUAAAUCUUUUAUAAUGAUAGAUGGUUAAAUAAAAUAUACGAAUCGUUCGUUUUUGUGGAAGGAGGGUCGUUUUUAAACGGGAAUUAACUUGUAUGUCACAAUAAGCGACUCGUCAGGCAACUCCAAACAAUAGGCGUUUUUGUGUAGCUGGCAGAGCUCGCGAGCUAUCACACAAAGCCAGCUAGCACAACCUGCUAGCUUAGCUUAGCUUAGCUAGAGUUAGCCAGAGAGAAGAAGACAGUACCCAGGCGUAGUCGCAAAUCCGUUCAUUUCGUUACUUUUUUCUUCAGAAAUGGCUCAGAACAGCACUUCUCACGUAGCGAGCUCACAGAAAGCGUUAAUGCUUGAAAUGAAAAGCCUUCAAGAAGAGCCAGUGGAAGGUUUUAAAAUUACCCUGGUGGACGAAGCAGACCUCUAUAACUGGGAAGUGGCCAUUUUUGGACCUCCUAAUACACUAUACGAAGGGGGUUACUUUAAGGCACGUAUCAAGUUCCCCAUCGACUACCCCUACUCCCCCCCAGCCUUCAGAUUCCUCACGAAAAUGUGGCACCCUAACAUUUAUGAGAACGGGGACGUGUGUAUCUCUAUCCUCCACCCUCCUGUAGAUGACCCACAGAGCGGAGAGCUGCCCUCAGAGAGGUGGAAUCCAACGCAGAACGUCAGAACCAUCCUGCUGAGCGUCAUAUCCCUGUUGAACGAGCCCAACACUUUUUCUCCCGCUAACGUGGACGCCUCUGUGAUGUACCGCAAGUGGAGAGACAGCAAAGCAAAGGACAGAGAGUACGCAGAGAUUAUUCGAAAGCAGGUUUUGGCCACUAAAGCAGAGGCAGAGCGAGAUGGUGUUAAAGUUCCCACCACGCUGGCUGAGUACUGUGUGCGCACACGUGCCCCCGCCACAGACGAGGGCUCUGACUUGUUUUAUGACGAUUACUAUGAUGACGAGGACUUGGAGGACAAUAACGAUGAGGACUGUUGCUAUGAUGAAGAUGACUCAGGAAACGAGGAAUCGUGACCCCGCUAUCCCCAUCAUUAUCCUCAUCAUCACCGUCAUCUGUACCCUGAAACGUUGAAAAGCUGUCGCAUGCACCUUGUAUUCACUUUUCUUUUGAAAAUCCUAUAAAAUAUAUUUUAGGUUCUUUUUUUUUCUAGUUGGAAAAUGUAAGCAUUUUGUUUUCUCGCUGGUCUUUGUUGAAUUGACUUUUCCUUUUGUUACGUUUUUUCAUGUAUCUUAACCCCUUCUUUUUACCAUUUUUUUGCGCUAUAGAAAUCCAAACAUUUCCGCUUUGUCAAACAGCUAAAUAAAAGAACAACUUUGAGUGGGUGAAAAGGAUAUUUUUUUGUUUCUUAUCCCUUAUUUUUUAUUUUUUUUGCGCUGUAUUGUGCAUGUUGGCAUUGUGGCGUAUUUUUUUAAUUGCACAGUGCUGUUCCCUUCAUCCACCAUUAGUUGUUUUUUUUUCCUGAAAGAUCUCUAAUUAAGAAUCAUCUACAAGUCCAACCAGUUCAGCAAUAAAAUGCAUUUUGCAUACUUACGUGCUCUAGAGGCAAGACGUGGGAGCUGAAUAUAACAGAAUUGUCUUUUAUCUCGACAGUUGUGUUAGAUGACUGUUUUCCUGAUCUAACGCAUCUGAUAUUAUGCUCUAAUGUGCUCGAACAGGAAAAACACAACUGUGUGUUGCUGUGGGUUGAUCUACAUCUGGUUUGAAUGCUUGUAGAGAUAUUGAUCAGUGUUAAGGGAAUGAGUAAUCUUUUGCUUUGAGGGAGAAACACUUGAUGUGUGCCCUGCAGGGGACUAAACCCCUACUACCACUGAGAGAUUUUGUGCAUUAUUUUUAAGAUGGUGGUGCUUUAACCUCAAAUCAUAAUCACAUAUUCCCUUAUGUCUUGUGAUAGUAUGCAUUCGAUCAACAAGGAUGUGAAUCAUGCUGUUAAAAUGGUAGGGUUUUUUUUUUGUCUUCUUCCCUCUUGUUGAGCUGAAAUGUUUUUGUGAUGCCAAUAUUGUAUCGCUCCCUCACAAAUGACAUUUAAUCUGUAACUAGGUUUUUAUUAAUAGAGAAUGUAUUUUUUUUCCAAGACAGCAGUGUAAAUUCCUUAAUUUGGGGCUAUGGGGUGAUAUGUUGUUUGUUGUUUUUUUUUCUCUCCUCCUUCUUCUUCCUGGACUUCUGAAUGGUCAUGUGUUUUGAUUUUGAAAUCUUUUUUCAGUAAAAUGAUAUUCCUGUCAGCAUUAAUUUAAUUUCAUGCCUUUGAGCAUUUGCAAGGUGGAGAGGGCUUUUUAACUACAUCAGCAUUGACCAAUUAAAUUAAUUCAACAUGAGCUCAUUUUAAUUGACUCUCAGGAUAAUGCAAACAGGAAAAAGAAUCCCACAGCACCACCAACCUUCUUGUGAACAUGCAGUUUAACCAGUCUGUCAAUUCUGUUUUUGAAGGCGGUUUACAAUCUUAAACCUUGAUGCUGAUGUGCACAUGUGAGUAUGUGGCUGAUCAUUUUACUGACCUGUAUGUAUUUUUAUGGUUUGUUGGCCUAUUUAAAACUGAAAAAUAAAAAUCUUUAUUAGAACAA